CAGCAGCCUGGGCUCCCCGCGCGCACCCGCCCGCGCAGCCGCGGGGAUGCCCGCGCCCGCCGCCGCGCCCUGAGCGCCUUUGUCUGCUUCCGGUGCGGCUCACUUCAUCCAUAGUUCAGCCGGCGCCCGAGCAUGGAGUCGGACCCGCCGGCCUCCCUGUCCGACCACGACGAACCGGUGCCGGGUUCCUGGCGCGGGGUCAAGGGACCGAUAGGUCCCGGCGGACCUUGCAGGUGGUCGGAGGAGCCUGGAGAACACGCCCCGCCUCAGUGCUGGCCAGAGGAGCCGGAGGAGCCUGAUGCACCGUGUAGCUGGGCCAAGGACCGCAACGCACCUCUCUGUUGGCCUGAGAAGCUGGACUCACGGUGCCGAUUGGCCAAGGAGUCAGAGGAGCCCAACGCACCUAGCUGCUGGCCAAGGGAGCUGGACGCACUGUACCUCUUGACCCAGGAGCUGGAGGAGUCUGAUGCACCUAGCUACCUGGCCCAGGAGCUGGAGGAGCUGGACGCAUCUAGCUGCCUGGCCCAGGAGCUGGAGGAGCCCAACGCAUCUAGCUGCUUGGCCCAGGAACUGGAGGGGACUGAUACACCUAACUGCUUGGCUCAGGAACUGGAGGGACCUAAUGCACCUAGCUGCUUAGCCCAGGAGCUGGAGAGGCCCAUUGCACCUAGCUGCUGGCCAGAGGAGCUGGAGGAGCCCGAUGCACCUAGUUGUUUGGCCCAGGAGCUGGAGGAGCCCGAUGCAUCUAGCUGCUUGGCUCGGGAGCUGGAGAAGCCUGAUGCACCUAACGGCUUAGCUCAGGAGUUGGAGGAGCCCGACGCUUCUAGCUGCUGGCGGGAGGAGCUGGUCGCGCUGUGCCUCUUAACCCAGGGACUGGAGGAGCCAGAUGCACCUAGCUGCUUGGCCCAGGAACUGGAGGGGCCCGAUACACCUAGCUGCUUGGCCCAGGAACUGGAGGUGCCUGAUGCACUUAGCUGUUUGACCCAGGAGCUGGAGGGGCCCAACGGACCUAGCUGCUGGCUAGAGGAACUGGACGCACUGUGCCUCUUGGCCCAGGACCUGGAGGAGCCCGAUUCAUCUAGCUGCUUGGCCCAGGAUCUGGAGGAGCUAGAUGCACCUAGCUGCUUGGCCCAGGAACUGGAGGGGCCCAAUGCACCUAGCUGCUUGGCUCAGGAGCUGGAGGGGCCCAAUGCACCUAGCUGUUGGCCAGAGGAGCUGGAUGCACUGUGUCUCUUGGCCCAGGAGCUGGAGAAACCCGAUUCAUCUAGCUGUUUGGCUAAGGAACUGGGAGAGCCCAACGUACCUAGCUCCUUAGCCAAGGAGCCCGGGGAGCCCGACACACUUAGCUGCUGGCCGGAGGAGCUCAACGCACUGUGCGGCCUGGCCAGGGAGCCUGAGGGGCCCGACGCACUUAACUGCUUGAGGGAGGAGCUGGCGGACCCCGACGCUUUUGGCUGCCGUGCGAAGGAGCCAGAGAAACUUGAUACACCAUGUUGCUGGGCCGAAGAGCUUGAGGAACCCGACUCACCUCGCUGUUGGUCAGAGGAUCCCGAUGCGCGGUGCUGCUGCCCGCAGGAAGCGGAGGAGCCCACAGCAUCUCGCCUCUGGCCGCAGGAGCCCUACGUGCCCUGCCUCUGGCUGGAGGAGCCGAACGCAACUCGCUGCUGGCCAGAGACGGAUGCGCCGUGCCUCUGGCUACAGUCCAAAGAGCCAGAGGAGCCCAGAGCCCGGUGCAGCUGGCCUGAGGAUCUGGAAGACUGCGGCUCCAUGCGGGCCCUGCCCCUGAGGCCCUCGGGCGAGCUGCUGCAGGCCUGUCCCGGGCCGCCCUCGGACCCAAGCUCUGCGUUGUUGCUGCCCAGCGAGCCGCGGACAGCCCAGGAAGAGGGUGCGCGCCUCAGGGCCGUGUUCGACGCCCUGGACAGUGAUGGGGAUGGCUUUGUCCGCAUCGAGGACUUCAUCCAGUUCGCCACGGUCUACGGGGCAGAGCAGGUGAAGGACUUAACUCAGUACUUGGACCCAAGUGGGCUUGGCGUGAUCAGUUUUGAAGACUUCCAUCAAGGGAUCAUGGCCAUCAGAAAUGGAGAUCUUCUCUCCACAGAUCCUGAUGGCCAGCUGUACAGUGUGGAGCCUGCCCAUGAUGAGGAACCCCCUGCAUGUGCUGAUGAAUUCGAUGACUUUGUCACCUAUGAGGCCAACGAGGUGACAGACAGCGCAUACAUGGGGUCUGAGAGCACCUAUAGUGAGUGUGAGACCUUCACCGAUGAGGAUACCAGUACCCUGGUGCACCCUGAGCUGCAGCCUGAAGGGGAUGCUGACAGUGCUGGUGGCUCUGCUGUGCCCUCAGAGUGCCUGGACACAGUGGAGGAGCCUGACCAUGGUGCAUUGUUGCUGCUUCCAGGCAGAUCUCACCCCAGCAACCAGACUGUCGUCAUGGUGAUUGGCGGCGAGGAGCAUUUUGAGGAUUACGGUGAGGGCAACGAGGCAGAGCUGUCCCCAGAGACCCUCUGUAAUGGGGAACUGGACUGUGGAGACCCUGCUUUUCUCACCCCCAGCUCUGAUCCUCUUGCCACAAAACUGCGCAGCAUCCUCACUGAUGAGGCCUUUGAGUUUUACUGUAGCCAGUGCCACAAACAAAUCAACCGCCUUGAAGAUCUUUCUGCCCGCCUGACUGAUCUUGAGAUGAAUAGCCCAGCCAAGCGGCUCUCCAGCAGGAAGGUGGCAAGGUAUCUGCACCAGUCGGGAGCCCUGACCAUGGAGGCCCUGGAGGACUCUCCCCCAGAGCCUGUGGAGGGCCCAGAGGAGGACAUUGCUGACAAGGUUGUCUUUCUGGAGAGGCGGGUGUCAGAGCUGGAGAAGGACAGUGCAGCUGCUGGGGAGCAGCACAGCCGGUUAAGACAGGAGAAUCUCCAGCUGGUGCACAGAGCCAAUGCUUUGGAAGAACAGCUGAAGGAACAGGAGCUGAGAGCCCAAGAGAGGGUCCUAGAGGAGACCCGGAAGCAGAAGGAGCUCCUGUGCAAGAUGGAGCGUGAGAAGAGCAUUGAGAUUGAGAACCUGCAGACCAGGCUGCAGCAGCUGGAUGAGGAGAACAGUGAGCUACGGUCCUGUACACCCUGUCUGAAGGCCAACAUUGAACGCCUGGAGGAGUUCUCUGUGCAGGAAAAACAGAAGAUGCUGGAUGAAAUUGAAGAGUUGUCACUGCGGCUCAAUGAAGAGCAGGAGAAUAAGAGGAAGAUGGGGGACAAGCUAAGCCAUGAGCGGCACCAAUUCCAGAGGGACAAAGAAGCAACUCAGGAGCUAAUUGAGGACCUUCGCAAGCAGCUGGAGCAUCUGCAGCUCCUUAGGCUGGAGGCGGAGCAACGACGGGGCCGUAGCAGCAGCCUGGGCUUGCAGGAGUACAAUAGCCGUGCACGAGAAAGUGAGCUGGAACAGGAGGUCCGCAGGCUCAAGCAGGAUAACCGAAACCUGAAGGAGCAAAACGAUGAGCUGAAUGGUCAGAUCAUCACCCUCAGCAUCCAAGGUGCCAAGAGUCUCUUCUCCACCUCCUUCUCUGAGUCCCUGGCCGCAGAGAUCAGUUCUGUCUCCCGAGAUGAGCUCAUGGAAGCAAUCCAGAAGCAGGAGGAGAUCAAUUUCCGCCUGCAGGACUACAUCGACAGGAUCAUUGUGGCCAUCCUGGAGACCAACCCAUCCAUCCUAGAGGUCAAGUAGGGCAGCUCAGCCCAAUAUGGGCUGGUUAUAGACUCCACCAGCACUCCAGAGUGGCCCUGUCUUGCCACAAAGAGCCAAGACCAGCAGGUUCCACGGUUUACCAAGCCCAGAGUGUAUAGGGCCCUCAUGCAGCUGGGAUAGGAGACUAAAAAUAGAAGCUGUAGAGGGCAGUAAAAAAGAAGGAAGGGAAGUCCACAGCAAGCAAUGAGUGAGGCUCGGGUCUCUACGACCUUCAGAGAAGCAGAACUUCCAACUCCAAGUCAGCCCAACCAACAAUACCUGUAUCUGCUCAGCAGUGAUAGUUUCUCAAGCCCAUGUGCAGAUAUGUGGGGAUAGUUUCUCAGGCUGAGAUGAGCACCUCUGUGACUCUGUGACACAUCCUUCUUCCUGCCAUGCAGCCUGUUGGGAAGAGGGGGAGAAAAUGAGUACACAAUUGCUGCCACUCACUCAUGCUGACAUGGUGCCUCCCAUGCCUGCCCAUUCCCAAAUGGUGUAUAGGCCAAGGACCUGCAAGUUGGACAAGGCAGUGCCAGAAAGACAGGCAGGCAAAGCUGGCACAUUUAGGGUCUGCUCCGGAGCCACAGGCCACCUGUUCUCUGAGCUGCUUAGGCCAUCACCCAGCCAGAUGGGCUUCCAUUCAGCUUUGGACCUAGGGCCUCUAAGCCACACAGCUAUCCUUAUGGCCUGACAGUCGCUGUAGUAACUCUUUGGUUCUGGCCCUCCUGUGGAGGCUAGGACAGGAGCUCAUCAAGGCCCUUUGUUCUGAACAAAGGGCCUGUGACAUUGACUAUUGAACUCACUUCCUGGACUGGUGGACACUAUUACCCCAGGUGUAGGUGCUGCUCUCCUCAGAUGUGGCCUACCCUGGCCCUUGGGCCCACACCCUCCUCAGGCUGAUGUUACUGCCCUGGGUAAAGUACAUUUCCCAGGCCAAAGUCUAGGCCUGGAACCAGGUUUCCUCUGCAUCUCACUUUAAAUUACUGGGUAUCCCCCAGGAUGCAUUUUGCAGUUGGGUGGGUGGAAUAGGCUCUGCACAGACCCAGAGGCAGAGGAGAUCUGCUGCCACUUCUGUACCACCCACAGAGCUGCAGCAUUUGCAGAGCUGCAGCACCCACAGACAAUUGGGCCUGAGCCUGAGCACUGACCAGGAGUCUCUGGGCACAUGUGGUCUGAGACCACACUACAGGCUGUCCACCCACUCCGUGUGUUCACGAGUGCAUGAGUGUGCACAUAAGUAUGAGUAUACAUGUGCUUGUGCCCACACAUGCUGCCCUGCAUCCCUCUACUACCCACCCUCCCCCUGCCAACCUUCUACACUACAGUUUAGGAUGUUGCCUCAUAUUGUACAUUUUGGGGAAAGCCUUGAGUGUAAAUCAAUGUAAACUUGGAGGAGAGAUUUUUCUACCCUCCCCCUGCCAACCUUCUACACUACAGUUUAGGAUGUUGCCUCAUAUUGUACAUUUUGGGGAAAGCCUUGAGUGUAAAUCAAUGUAAACUUGGAGGAGAGAUUUUUCUAUCAUGUAGAAUAGGUAUUUUUUAUAGAUUGAAGGUUGAUCAAUUUUUUAAUACUUUCCAGAGAGAAAAAUAUCUGUGUAUACACAUGAAAUAUAUAUAUAUAUAUAUAUAUGUAUAAUAUAUCAUUACUGGAGCCCUGCUUUCUGUGCCCAGGUCCCAACCCUGUGACAAGGGCUUGUGGCCAAUUCCUGCUGUCUGCUCUGAAGUGCUCACUGUAAACAUAGGUCUCCAGGAGACACUGGAAAACACACCAAUCACCAACUUGCUCAUGGCACCUGCUUCAGCUCCCUGAGAAGUGGCUAUUCCUCCGUGACGUGGGAGGAUGGGAAACCAGCAGGGUCCUGUCCAAUGUGUCGGCCACCACAGAUUAAAGCUGUUACUACACAUA